AGGAAACUGGAAACCCAACUUUUGAUGAAAAAGGCAAGUAUCGUCGCCAAGCACUCAAGCUUAAUAACUAUAAGCCAUCAGACUACGAUUAUGGACAUGGGAGCUUCCGCUUCAGUGGUUAUCUGAACAUUCAAAACUCUCUGUUCUUCAAUUUCGCUAAGCAAUGGUGUGGUUUAGAGCUGGAUCUAAUGUGGCAAAGGUUUCCCUUAGGAGAGCUUUAUCACAUGGUGGAUCACAUCUUCAAAGAACACGUCUUCUUUCUUCUCAAUUUCGACAAUUUCACAGCUCAAUUGUUGUCCGUUCAAAGCAACAAUCUUCUGCUCCUAUUCCCCGUGCUGUCCCACUUUCUAAGCUUACUGACAGUUUUUUAGACGGGACGAGCAGUGUCUACCUUGAGGAGCUUCAACGGACAUGGGAGAAUGACCCAAAUAGCGUUGAUGAAUCAUGGGAUAACUUCUUCAGGAAUUUUGUGGGCCAGGCGACCACAUCGCCAGGCAUUUCUGGUCAAACUAUUCAAGAGAGCAUGCGGUUAUUGUUGCUUGUGAGGGCAUAUCAGGUAAAUGGUCACAUGAAAGCCAAGUUGGAUCCUUUGGAUUUAGAAGAACGAGAGAUCCCCGACGAUUUACACCCCGCUUGUUAUGGAUUCACUGAAUCCGAUAUGGACCGUGAAUUCUUCCUCGGUGUUUGGAGGAUGUCCGGCUUUUUGUCUGACAACCGUCCAGUCCAAACAUUGAGAUCCAUAUUGUCACGACUCGAACAUGCUUAUUGUGGGAGGAUUGGGUUCGAGUAUAUGCACAUCCCCGACCGGGAUAAAUGUAACUGGCUGAGGGAACGGAUUGAAACUGCUAUACCCAUGGAGUUCAACCAACAGAGGCGUGGAGUAAUUCUUGACCGUCUUAUGUGGAGCACUCAAUUUGAGAAUUUCUUGGCAACCAAAUGGACGGCAGCCAAGAGAUUCGGGUUGGAAGGAUGUGAGACGUUGAUUCCCGGUAUGAAAGAAAUGUUUGACAAGGCAGCUGAUCUUGGAGUCGAAAAUAUAGUCAUAGGGAUGUCACACAGAGGAAGACUAAAUGUUCUUGGAAACGUCGUCCGUAAGCCACUCCGACAUAUUUUUAGUGAAUUUAGCGGCGGUACGAAACCUGUUGAUGAUGCCGGGUAUGUUGGCACCGGUGACGUGAAGUAUCACUUGGGAACUUCUUAUGACCGACCUACUCGGGGAGGGAAGAGACUUCACCUUUCAUUAGUUGCAAACCCUAGUCAUUUGGAAGCUGUGGACCCCGUCGUGAUCGGGAAAACCAGAGCAAAACAAUAUUACACCAAUGAUUUUGAUAGGACGAAGAACAUGGGCGUUCUUAUUCAUGGAGAUGGUAGUUUUGCGGGGCAAGGAGUUGUAUAUGAGACAUUGCAUCUUAGUGCCCUUCCAAAUUACAGUAUAGGUGGGACUAUUCACAUUGUGGUUAACAACCAAGUGGCGUUCACUACCGAUCCGAGGUCGGGAAGAUCUUCUCAGUAUUGUACCGAUGUUGCCAAGGCUUUGAACAUUCCGAUUUUCCAUGUAAAUGGUGACGAUGUUGAAGCUGUUGUGCAUGUUUGUGAGCUUGCCGCUGAGUGGCGACAGACGUUCCAUUCCGAUGUCGUGGUUGAUAUAGUGUGUUACCGUCGGUUCGGGCAUAAUGAGAUUGAUGAACCGUCCUUCACUCAGCCCAAAAUGUAUCAGGUCAUCCGAAAUCAUCCUUCUUCGUUGGAGAUCUAUCAGAAGAAACUUCUAGAAUCUGGUCAUGUGACGAAGGAAGACAUUGAUAAGAUACAGAACAAAAUCAAUUCUAUACUUAAUGAAGAGUUCGUUUCUAGCAAAGAUUAUGUUCCUCAAAAAAGAGAUUGGCUCUCUGCAUUUUGGGCAGGAUUCAAGUCUCCUGAACAGCUUUCACGCAUUAGAAAUACUGGUGUGAAGCCAGAGAUAUUAACAAAUGUUGGCAAAGCAAUCACAACACUUCCGGAAAAUUUUAAGCCACACAGAGCAUUAAAAAGGAUUUUUGAUGAACGGCGAAAGAUGAUCGAGACAGGGGAGGGUAUUGACUGGGCACUGGCAGAAGCACUUGCUUUUGCAACAUUGCUUGUGGAAGGUAACCAUGUGAGAUUGAGUGGUCAAGAUGUGGAGAGGGGUACUUUUAGUCAUAGACAUGCUGUUCUGCAUGAUCAAGAGACAGGAGAGCAGUACUGCCCCCUCGAUCACAUUAUGAAGGACCAAAAUGAAGAAAUGUUUACUGUCAGCAACAGUUCUCUUUCAGAGUUCGGUGUUUUAGGAUUUGAGUUGGGUUAUUCAAUGGAAAAUCCAAAUUCACUUAUACUUUGGGAAGCACAAUUUGGCGAUUUUGCAAAUGGAGCUCAAGUGAUAUUUGACCAGUUUGUGAGCAGCGGGGAGGCCAAGUGGUUGCGCCAGACUGGGUUGGUUGUUCUUCUGCCUCACGGUUAUGAUGGCCAGGGUCCUGAACAUUCCAGUGCACGUCUUGAGCGCUUCCUUCAGAUGAGCGAUGACAACCCUUAUGUUAUUCCCGAGAUGGACCCUACCCUUCGUAAACAGAUUCAAGAAUGCAAUUGGCAGGUGGUGAAUGUAACUACUCCUGCAAAUUAUUUCCAUGUGCUCCGACGACAACUACACAGGGAUUUCCGCAAACCUUUAAUUGUGAUGGCACCAAAGAGUUUGCUUCGCCACAAGGAUUGCAAGUCUAACCUAUCCGAGUUUGAUGAUGUCCAAGGCCACACAGGUUUUGAUAAACAAGGUACUAGGUUUAAGCGCCUCAUCAAAGACCAGAAUUAUCAUUCAGAUCGCGAGGAAAGUAUUAGACGAUUGAUUCUUUGCUCUGGAAAGGUCUAUUAUGAGCUUGAUGAAGGGAGAAGAAAAGGUGAUGGCACGGAUAUUGCAAUUUGUAGGGUUGAACAGCUUUGUCCUUUCCCCUAUGACCUUGUCCAGCGUGAACUGAAGCGCUAUCCAAAUGCAGAGGUAGUUUGGUGCCAGGAAGAGCCGAUGAACAUGGGCGCAUUUUACUAUGUCGCACCCCGCCUGUGUACUGCAAUGAAGGCAGUUGGCAGAGGCAACAUGGACGACAUCAAAUACGUGGGUCGCCUUCCUUCUGCUUCAACUGCUACCGGUUUCCUACAGGUUCAUGUCAAAGAGCAGGCGAGACUUGUCCAGAAAGCCUUGCAGUCUGACCCAAUUGAUCACUAAUUUCUCAACUCUCUUAGUCCUCCAAUAAAAACAGGACUUCAAAGCUCUUUCUAUACGUUUUAUAUGCUGGCAUCCAAAGUUAGCUUUCUUGUCUAUCCAAUUUUGGCUGUAUAAUAAUCAUACUGGUUACAAUUUAGAACUAGGAGGCCCUUUUCUCUUUGAGGCUGGGCACUUUCAGUUCAUGACUUCAUGGAACUUUUACCACAGGAAAAAAAUAUACGGAGCACUUCUUUAGAUUGCGCGAGUCAGAAUCAUGGUAGAUACACACUUUUUGUACUUGAAAUGUGAAAACAUGAAACUGUAAAAGGUGAAUUUGAUACCGCAUUUUAAGCAUUUC